AUGAGCAACCUUCCGACAACCUUUGACAAGCCUGUUCACAUCGCCGUCAUCGGCGGCACAGGUCUCGGCCAACUCGAUGGAUUCACCCCCGUAGCCCUGCUUCAUCCCGACACGCCCUGGGGCAAGCCCGCGUCCCCGAUUCACAUCCUCUCUCACAACAAUGUCAACGUCGCCUUCCUUGCUCGCCACGGCCUGCAUCACCAGUUCGCCCCCCAUGAGGUUCCCAACAGAGCAAACAUUGCCGCCCUGCGACACAUUGGCGUCCGCUGCGUCAUCGCCUUCUCCGCCGUUGGCUCCCUGCAGGAGGAGAUAAAACCGAUGGACUUUGUCGUUCCCGACCAGGUCAUCGAUCGUACCAAGGGCGUUCGGCCUUUUACCUUCUUCGAGGGAGGCAUCGUCGGCCACGUCGGUUUCGCCGAUCCUUUCGACGCCAAGCUUGCCCAAGUCGUCAAGAAAUGCGCCCAGCACAUGGAGGGCGAUGGCGUCGUGCUCCACGAGAAGGGCACCGUCAUCUGCAUGGAGGGCCCUCAAUUCUCGACCCGUGCCGAGUCGCACAUGUACCGAGCCUGGGGUGGCUCCGUCAUCAACAUGUCGACGCUGCCCGAGGCCAAGCUCGCACGUGAAGCGGAGAUGGCAUACCAGGUCAUCGCCAUGGCCACCGACUAUGACUGCUGGCACUCCUCCGAGGAUGUCAACGUGGACAUGGUCAUCAAGUGCAUGCAAGCCAAUGGAAACAACGCAAAGCGUCUUGUCGCCGGCGUGCUGGACCAGCUUGCCAGCAUCGAACACGGCGAUGUCGUCAUGGCUAGGCAUUGGGAGGGCGCGAGCCAGGGAGCCGUCAAGUUCAUGACCAAGCCCGACGGCAGAAAUCCCGAGGCCAUGAAGAGGGUCGAGUAUCUCUUCCCCGGGUUUUGGGAGUCGUGA